GGCAGAGCAUGCUGCUGGAGGUCAGAUGCAUGAUGAAAAGACGAGUACAGUAAUUUGUUAAGAAAACAAACGGUGUUUUCACCCGGGAAUUUAUCUUAGGAUACAACACACACGCCGUGGGGACAGCCUCUGUUGGUGGCGGUGGAUCCAGCAGCUCGUCGUUGAUCGUUUCCGCUUGGAUUUUGAGUGUUACGACAUAGCUAACGUUAGCUAGCCAGGCCGGCUCGGCAAGUAGCGCCUUCCUGGCUCCAGUUUUCUCCAGGUGAAACCUCUGGAUCUUUUUUUUAAACCAUGGACAACAACUCGCAAGGAUCGGGGGGAAUCAAAGCAGGUCUCGGGGGUCUCUUUGGAGGUGGUGCACCUGAGUACUCCAACACAGAGCUCGCCGGUGUACCGUUGACUGGAAUGAGUCCUCUGUCACCUUACCUCAAUGUCGAUCCUCGUUACCUGGUUCAGGACACAGAUGAGUUCAUUCUACCCACAGGCGCCAAUAAAACAAGAGGACGGUUUGAACUGGCUUUCUUCACUAUUGGAGGCUCUUGCAUGACAGGAGCAGCACUUGGAGCAGUAAACGGCCUCAGGAUGGGCCUGAAGGAGACCAGAGACAUGGCGUGGUCCAAACCUCGUAAUGUACAGAUUCUCAACAUGGUGACCAGGCAGGGUGCAUCAUGGGCCAACUCUCUGGGUUCAGUUGCGUUGUUGUAUAGUGCUUUUGGCGUGGCGAUAGAGAAGGCCAGAGGAGCAGAAGAUGACGUCAACACAGUGGCUGCUGGGACGUUAACUGGGAUGCUCUUUAAAUCAGGAAGUGGAUUAAAGGGUGUAGCCCGCGGAGGUCUGGCUGGUUUAGCCUUGUCUGGUGCCUACGCUCUCUACAACAACUGGGACCACCUCACCGGCUCCUCCUCCUCAUCCUCCAGGCUCUACUAACCUUUCCCCACACACAUUCUGCUUCAACGCUAGGGCCAAAUAUCUCCCUCCAGGACACAGCCUUUAACCACAGCGCUAAGAGGAACACUCUGGUCAAAAGCAGUGUGCUUUCCAGGGAAGUGUGAGGCGGCCCCAGUUCGCUGGUUCCCCCUCGCCCACUUUCCUUUCCUGGAGCAUUCUGGGAAUCAAAAGAUGCGUCUUUCGAAAAGUUGUGAAAAUGCAGACUAAAUUCCACCGGAGACCAUCCUAUAACAUCUCUCCCUUCAUUUGUCUUUAUCCUCUGAGGUAUUCCUGUCACUGAUCUGAUCAGUAAUGAGAACACCCUGUCAGGAUGUUACGUAGAGGUGUGUCAUUUGUUAUAUCAUUGUUUAUGGGAGGCUUAUUAGUCUUCUUUGAUGCUUAGUUUUGAAAUCAGCGAACCCAUGACAUUUGGGUUGAAUGAGCCAAUAUUGAUUUGUAAGAUGACUCGUGACAUCUGGUGUGAGGUGCACCAGGUGAAUGGCUGUGGAGUCGGGUUCUGAUUUUGGACUGAAAGACUCUUCUGUUGCAGAAGAGCAAAGAGAUUUUCAACCAAGUCGUGCAAACACAGAACAAAGCCUUACGGUCGGUUCUAAUGUUGUAUUUAUUGAAGCGUAUCUGCGGCAGGUUUUGUUUGACUGCAAGAAGAAGUCACUGUAAAGCUGUACUUGAAGUGCGUACUGUUGAUGUAUCCAUAAAAAACCCACUGUAUUAAAAACUAACAAAAAAUUGAAAAA